GUAGGGCUCCCGGGGGAAACAGAUUCGGACUCAGUGCGACUUUCAUAGAAGUCUGCCAUUGCCAAGCCGAGACGCAGCCUAUUUAAGACAAUCACAUGAUUUCACUGGGAGUCAAAAUGGUCCGCGGGGGUCACUGGGUAGAGAGAGAGAGGGAGCGGCAAAGUGAGCGUGUGUGAGAGAAAGGGAGAGAGAGAGAGAGAGAGAGAGAGAGAGAGAGAGAGACUGGUCGGACUGUCUGAGUGGAAUAAAGGAAAAUGACUUGCCGGGAGAGUGGACUUGAAUUCAUGCGAUUUGCCGCCUCGGGAUACUGGUACACUUGGAAAUGAAUGGAGACCCAAAGUGGCACAACUGAAGAAGCCUGCAUCUGAGAGUCGUUGAUGCUUUAUUCAUCACAAGUCCCGCUGAACUGCUGCUGCUGCUGCUUCUGUUGGACGGGUUUAUUUAAGCGCAUAUUGGGACUGUUGGAAAGUAGCGGUGUGAUAUAGGCUUCAUUUUUUGGGGGGGUUAAAGGUGAUCCACAGACAUGACUUUCUUACGGAGUCGUGCAGAGUGGAAAAACUGGACGUUGCUCUUUUUCCACCUCUUUUGUUUUUUCACACUGGGCAAAAGCUUGCCUUCGAAUAACGGUGCUGACAGAGCAGAAUCUCACCAGGAAGCAUCGGCAUUACUCCGAUUUCUCAAUUUACCUCAACAUACAGAAUAUGAGAUUGUGUCUCCAUAUGAAGUCAACCACCAAGGUGCUUACAUCUCUCACGAAGUUGCCCACCAUCAGCGCAGAAGGCGACGCAGAUCCCUGAACCCAGAUGCAGGCUCAUCAAACACUGACAGCGGCGGUGAAAUGGUCCACUUCCGGCUAAGUGGCUUGGGGCAGGACUUCCACAUGGAGCUGAGGGAGGCCUCAGAGAGCCUGAUAGCACCUGGCUUUGCCAUCCAGGUCCUGGGAAAGAACGGCACCAAGAGCCUGAGGGCCUACCACCAGGACGACCUCUGCUUUUACCAGGGGUCGCUGAGGUCGAGGGUCAACUCCUCGGUGGCUCUGUCCACAUGCAUGGGGAUGUCAGGUUUGAUCAGAACGCAAGAUGCAGACUACUUCCUGAGACCCGUCUCCCUCAGUCUUGCCCAGAGAGAGAACUUCACGGCUCCCUCCAGUCACCAGCCGCACAUCCUCUACAAGACUGGGAGGGACUCUCACACAGAGCAGAGAGGUCACCGGCCUGGGGAGGUUCAGAAGCGAUCCACAGAUACAGCUCCUCACAAAUCACACACACACUUUGUCACCAAGAGAUCCGCGGACUCACCAACAGACCCCACCUACAACGCAGUCAAUGAAGAUCACCACAGGGACAGCCACAAUCAUCACCAUGGCAACGAUGAGAGCAAUAGUCCUGGCAGCCAGACGGAGCACCAUGGCAGUGGCCGUCACCGCAACAGCCACCGCCAUGACAACGACUACAGGCAUGGGGAGAAGCAGAGGCAACACUUCUGCGGGAGAAGGAAGAAAUACAUGCCCAAACCUCCAGAAAAGGAUGCUUUUAUCCUCCCAGAUGAGUACAAGUUUAUCCCCAGGAACAAAAGGGCAGUGCUGAUGAAGAACCAGGCCAAUCAGAACCUCAACGUAGAGACACUGGUGGUGGUGGACAGAAAGAUGAUGGAUAACCACGGCCAUGAGAACAUAACCACAUAUGUUCUCACUGUGCUUAAUAUGGUCUCCAGUCUCUUCAAAGAUGGUACAAUAGGGGGGAACAUCAACAUAGUGAUAGUUGGCCUCGUGCUUCUGGAUGAAGAGCAGGAUGGCUUGGUGAUCAACCACCAUGCAGACCACACACUGAACAGCUUCUGCCACUGGCAGUCUACUCUGGGAGGCAGAGAGGGACGCCACCAUGACCACGCCAUCCUUCUCACAGGACUUGACAUCUGCUCUUGGAAGAAUGAACCUUGUGACACUCUCGGUUUUGCUCCAAUUAGUGGGAUGUGCAGCAAGUACCGGAGUUGUACCAUUAACGAAGACACAGGCCUGGGUCUAGCAUUCACCAUUGCCCAUGAAUCUGGACACAAUUUUGGAAUGGUCCAUGAUGGUGAAGGUAAUGUUUGUAAGAAGUCAGAGGGCAACAUCAUGUCCCCCACAUUAGCCGGUCACAAUGGUAUCUUCUCCUGGUCUGCCUGCAGCCGCCAAUACCUCAGCCGCUUCCUCAAUUCUGCCCAGGCUCUGUGCCUAUCAGAUGAACCCAGAGCAGUCAAGGAGUAUCCGUACCCCGAGAAGCUGCCUGGCGAGCUGUACGAUGCAGACACACAGUGCAAAUGGCAGUUUGGGGAGAAGGCCAAACUCUGCACCCUGGAUUUUAAGAAGGAUAUCUGCAAGGCUCUGUGGUGCCACCGUGUUGGGAGGAAGUGUGAGACCAAAUUCAUGCCAGCUGCUGAAGGCUCUGCUUGUGGCCCUGAUAUGUGGUGUCGUAGGGGCCAGUGUGUAAAACAAGGUGACGAGGGCCCGAGGCCUCAGCAUGGCCAGUGGUCAGAGUGGUCAUCCUGGUCAGCCUGCUCACGAAGCUGCGAGAGCGGAGUUACCUAUCGAGAGAGGCAGUGCAACAACCCCAGACCUGCAUAUGGAGGGAAGUUCUGUGAGGGUUCCUCCAGGUCGUAUAAACUUUGUAACACUGAGGACUGUCCCCCCGAUGCCAUUGACUACAGAGCGCAACAGUGUGCUGAAUUCAACAGCAAACAGUUCAGAGGGUGGUACUACACCUGGAGACCAUACACAAGAGUGGAUGACCAAGAUGUAUGUAAGCUGUACUGCUUUGCUGAGGGCUAUGAUUUCUUCUUUGCCUUGGCCAGUAAAGUUAAGGAUGGGACACUCUGCUCACAGGACAGCUCUAACGUCUGUAUUGACGGACUGUGUGAGAGAGUGGGCUGUGACCGUGUGCUGGGCUCCACAGCUGUGCCCGAUGCUUGUGGGGUGUGUAAAGGAGACAACUCCACCUGCAAGAUCUACAAAGGACAGUACACCAAGCAGCAUUACACUAACCAGUACUAUGGGGUGGUCACCAUCCCAGCAGGGGCUCGGAGUAUCCGUGUGAUGGAGCUGAAUACAUCGAGCUCGUACCUGGCCGUCAGGGACACCCAAAGACGCUACUACCUGAACGGACACUGGACAGUGGACUGGCCAGGCCGACACCCCAUUGCAGGAGCCAUUUUUGAAUACAAGAGACCCUAUAACAGACCAGAGAGCCUCCUAUCAACUGGCCCCACCAAUGAGACUCUAAUCAUAGAGAUACUGCUGCAGGGCUGGAACCCAGGGGUACGUUGGGAAUACACUCUGAAGAAAGCUGAUGAGAAAAAGAAUCAUAUCAAACACAAUUAUACAUGGGCCAUCAUACGCUCCCAAUGCUCAGCAACUUGUGCUGGAGGCCAGAUGAACACCAAGUCAGCAUGCUACAAAGACCUGAGAGUGCAGGUGAACAUGUCCUACUGCAACCCCAGAUCAAAACCAGCCACCGGAUUGAUGCCCUGCAACACCCAACCGUGUCCUGCCAGCUGGUCUGUGGGAGAGUGGGGGGUGUGCAGCCGGAGCUGUGGAGGAGGAGAGCAGAUGCGCCAGGUCCAGUGCAUCCAGAGAACCAGCCAGGCCAAUGUAGACGCCCUGGCUGACUCUCACUGUGCCCAGCCCACCCCAGCCAGGAGGCAAGCCUGCAACACACACAGCUGUCCACCGGUAUGGACCACUGGGCCAUGGUCACAGUGUUCUCGUAAGUGUGGCAACGGCUUGAGGAAGAGGACGGUGCUGUGUACGAGCACCAACCCAGGUGCCCAGACACAAAUGAUGCCAGACAGUGUGUGUGCAGACCUGCUGAAACCUGCCGGUCAAGAAUCCUGCUUCAUUAAACGCUGCCAGAAACAACGAAAAGUCCAGUGGUUUGUCUCCACAUGGCAAGAGUGUUCAGUAACAUGUGGUCAUGGCCAUCAGGCACGCUUCAUCAAAUGUGCAGAGAAGGAUGCUGCAGGAAAAUACAGAGAGCUCGCUGCCAAGAAGUGCCACCAUGUCCCCAAGCCCACAGUAGAGCUCCAGAGGUCCUGCACCCUGGCUGAGUGCCCUGUCCGCACUACCCCACCAGUCCACAGAUGGAGCACGCACCAUCGUACCUAUCCACCUCAGCCCCUCCCUCAACCUCCGUCUUGGCCAGAAUGGCACUCAUCUCCUUGGUCCCAGUGCACUGUGACAUGUGGAGGAGGAGUACAGGCAAGGACGGUCCAAUGUCUGGCUCAGGGGAAGCCCUCUCCUGGCUGUGCGCUCCAUCUUAAACCCUCCAUGUCCCAGGCCUGCAACACCAACUUCUGCCCACAACCUGAGAAGAAAGACUUUGUGUGUAGGGAUUACUUCAACUGGUGUUACCUGGUGCCCCAGCAUGGAGUCUGCAACCACAAGUUCUAUGGCAAGCAGUGCUGCCAGUCCUGUUCAAAUUCAAACCUAUAAUCAUACAAAGUGACUCUGUCUGUGUCACAGACAGAUAGGUAGUUAGAUAGACAAAAGACUAUAUUUGACGUCCAUGCUUGAAAAGACAGUGUUUUUGCUUGAAGGCGUGUGGCGAGCACUGAAAAACAAAAGGACAUUUCAAUGGAAGUGCAAGAGAGUUGCAGUGCCCUCUCCUCUCCCUGCGAUGCCGGACAUCUGGAUACAAGAACUUGAUGGUGACAGCACUACACAGGAAUGUGAUCAGGACAGUACAAAUAAAGGAGAGAAUUAUGAGGAGGAACUAGCAAAAUGGGAAUCUUGAUUAAAGCGAAUACGACUGACAUGUCCAAAAGAAACUGAAAACCUGAAAAAUCCCAGCUUUGUUUAUAUACAGUAUGUAAUUGAACAGAUCUGUACCCAGGACACCCAGCAUCUCACAGUCAACUGAGGGCCAAUGAUGGCAGACAAACAGAGAAAAACGGUUGACGAGGUCUCAAGCUCUGCCACGCAACAUGUGAUACGCCCUGCUGAGCGCUGCAGUUCUUGAUGAAUUGGAAAUCUGGGGUCUGAUAAUGAAAAGGGAUGUUUCAAAGAAACAAGUUAGAAAACAUAAUUGUACUCUAAGGCUUGAUAAAAAACAGGCUGGGAAUAAUCACAGUGGGCUUCCUCAAUAGCUGGACAAUAGCAGAAUGUUCUGUGUUGUCAUAUAAAAGAAAAAAAAGGAAAAAAAAAACAAAAUGCAUCAUACAUGAGAGAACUGUUCUGAGAUGGGUCUAGGCUGUGUGAACUGGCUUUCCUACUCAGUGGUGCUACAACGUUGUCUUUUGUCACCAAAUCAAUGUGAAAUCCUCAAGUUUCAGGAAAGAACAACUGAAUUGUGUGACCCAUGUACAGUAUUGUUUAUUUUAUUUAUUGGCUUUACAAUACAGCGUUGCUGGAAGACUGUAUUAAUAAGCAGUAUAAAUAUGUCCUUUUAUUACUCUACCCUAAGACCAUUACCCUUAUAUUUUGUAUUAUGUUUCAUAGGAUUUCAUGCUGACAAACUGCACCUUUUUUACUCUAAACAUUUAUUUUAUUUUUGAAGAAAAACAUCUGUGAUGUCAGAAGCCCAAUUCAGCAAUGUCAACAUUGAUUAGUGAUCAUUCACAACAGCUGGUGAGUGGUAAUCAAUAUCAAUAACAAAAUGUAUGAGCAUGCUGUUUAAGGAGGCACUGCUCCAUUUUUACAUUACACUGUCCUACAUUAUUACUCAAGGCAGUCAUGUAUUGCAUGCAUUGGUAUGGCACAAAAAUAAUGCAUUACAUAUUGGUUAUGAUUGAAAGCACUGGCAGAUGAUGGUUAAUGCUAUUUCAAUGUGAGUUUAACAGUGUAAAUGAAAUAACAAUAAACAAAUGUGUGUCAUGUCAGCA